AUGACGGAUGGAAGACGACACAUGUAUGCAGAUGCAUCAGAAAACGCGGUACCUUACGAAAAUAACACGAACAGACGAAGCAAUAUAGAAGUAAGUGCAGAAACCUAUGGUUAUUACGAGCCCUUGCAAAAUGAUGACAAUAUGAAAUCAGAGGUGGAGGAUUUACAUGGCCAUGCAUGUAUGUAUGGUGCUGAGACAACGUCGACAGAUACGCCUACCACGGCAUCACCAAUGCAACCAGCGUCAUAUGCCCAUCACAGGAUUCACCAUGCAGCAGAUACACCCUACUGCCGACAAAAGAAAAAACGAACAUUCACUGCCUCACAGAGACGUGCGGCUAAUAUUCGGGAAAGACGAAGAAUGGUGAAUUUGAACGAAGCAUUCGACAAACUUCGUGAAACUGUGCCAAUGUUACCACACGAAAGCAGACUCUCCCGGGUGGACACUCUGAAACAAGCAAUCAAUUACAUAUCAUUUAUGACUGAUAUUUUAAGUCAGGAAAAAUAA